AGAAGUUGGACAGCCUCCUGCUCUCAGGCUAGAUAACACUUGCACUUCCCACUACUGAAUGAGAAGGUGGGAAAUCAAGUGGGGAGACAAAAAAGAACACGCAGCUCCUUUCCAUGAGGCACUGUAACACUGAGGGCAUUCUCCACCUGGCACAUUCCAGGAUUAACCUAAUGUGGGCUCACCAGGAGAAGCUGAGCUGGACAUGGCUUUGAGCAUUCAUCCAGGUCUCCUGCUGCUCUGGAUGGUUGCCUGUAAGGUGUGGGACACUGAGGCUAAACCCAUAGCUUUUGUGUGCAACAGAGCUGCCAGGAGAGCAUUGAACAUUGUGGCAGAGCUGGAGGGUGCACUGAGUGUGUGCGCUGACUUGAUGACCCUUUCCUCUCCAGUUCUGCUUCCCUGCACUGGACUUCAUGCUGCAACAUGGGGAGAAAAAUCUGAGCUGGAAAAAAGAGAAGAUAUUGUUGUGUCAUUGAAGCUUCUUUCUGAGAAUAUAAGAACUAUAAGAAACUCAACACAAUCUGAAUGUGGAACUUUAUUGCUGCAGAGAUUAGAGAACAACAUCAGAAACUAUUUGCUCAUAAUCACAAAUCUUCAGCUGAAUGUUUAUGUGUUUUGCCUGUCAUCAGCCUCAGCUCUUCCUGUUUUUUGUUUGGACCAGCAGGGGUCAGUGCUUCCUCCAUCAUUGUCUUGUGUUCCCCAAAGCACCCAGAGUCUGAGAAGAGUCUUGGAGAGCUACAACCAGUUGAUCACUGGCAAACUGGAGAGUUUCACUCUCACGUUGGGAGACAGAUGCACCUCUCAGUGACACAGAAACAGCUAUUUUCCCCUGUCUUCAGUUCCAAGAUGUUCAUAGAAGUUAAAUAAGAACUGGUUUCUGUUCUCUAAUAUUAAAGUUUGAUCAGACCAUCUAAUUUUA